UCUGGCCAAUGAAAUUUUUGCACAAGCAAAAAAGUCAUUGCCAGAUUUCCCAAGAAUUCCCUUUGAACCAUAGUUCAAAAGCCUGGUGGCCUGAAGGCAGAGGAGAAGGGAUGAAGCUUGUCCCCCUUUUCAAGUUAUAGAUUAACCAUUCUCGUGGAACAGAGAAGGUAAACCGCAAAAUCCCUGUUUUAUAAAAUCAACAUCUGCAAGAAAGGACUUCUACAGGCAAUUGCCCCUCAUUCUCCCCUCCCCACAAGAUGGAGGAUGAAAAGUUUCAAGAUGACUUCCAAACUAAUAAAGAAAAUAAUUUUCUUCAAUACACCCAGAGGCCUAACUUCCAUGUCUAUGUGAUGUUGGCUGUCUCUUUACUACUGAGCACUAUCUUCAUGAUUGUGGCUCUUUCCAAAGGAACAACGCUUUCAUCAGACCUGAAUGACCUGAAAAUGAAGCUCCCCAAACAAAAGCCUGAACAUGAUUCUGAAUUGUUCCCAUGUGGUCCCAACUCUAGAGAAUGGGAGUACUGCAAUGGAAAAUGUUACUACUUCUCCCUGCAGAAAACUUCCUGGGCGCAGGCUAAGCAUCAAUGUGAAGAGAUGCGUUCUCGCUUGGCCAUCGUGGAGAAUAUGGCUGAACAGAAUUUCCUUCAGACCAGGACCAGGAAUGAGCGUUAUUGGAUAGGACUCAGUGACAUCGAGGCUGAAAAUCACUGGAAAUGGGUGGAUGGCAGAGACAGCAACAAUGGCUUCACGCACUGGGCACAAGGGGAGCCCAAUGAUGAUGGUAAAAUUGAAGACUGUGCACAUCUCUGGAACAACGGAGAAUGGAAUGAUGUCUACUGCACCUAUCCAUGCUUCUACAUCUGUGAAAGGCCUGUGCUGGGAACAAGCCCACAACACUAAAGGAGGACUUAAGCAUCCCUUUGAAAUAUCCCCAGAGUACAGAUAAUUUAUUGGACUAAUUGUUUACUGCUGAGAACCUGACUGUAAUAUAUGUACACUGGAAGAACAGUAUUACUUUGUUAAUAGGGAGCUAACAAUAGCAAAGUUUCAGCUAAUGUCUUCCACAAUGCUGGUCAGUCUAUUAAAUUAGAUAAGUUCCCUUACUGUUUAUGUCACUGCAUCAACUGUGGGUCCUAACCCCAAAUGGGGUCCCCUUAGUUCAAUGUUGAGGAUGUGAAAAUUUUGACAACAGUAAAAGUUUUGCCACCUAGUGGGUCUUUUAGACAUUUACACAAAUCUGUAAACUACAAUGUGCAAUGUUUUACAAUAGACUCUGCAGAAAAUAUUUCAGUUGUACUUCCUAAAAAGGAAAACCAGGCUGUUUAGCUAGCCUUGCAAAAGCUGAUUUAUUAUCACUAUUAUCACUAUUUGAUUUUACACUUCUUUUAUAUACCUAUAUGCUUGGAAUUAAAAAGUUAUAGCGCAGAGAGGAGUCGCAAGUGGAAAAAUGUAAGAAUGCCAUUGUCACUGUAGUCUGGACCUCCCCUACUAUAUUUUUGUUGUCUUUUGUCAAAUGGAAUUAAAGGGGGAACUCAUAGGUUGUUGUCUGUUGAAAAAAAAUGGCUGGCCUGCCCCGAAAACCCAGAUUUGUUGCUCAUUAACAAAUAUCCUAGUAUCACCAGAAGAGCUGAAAUAUUCUUAAUGGUAUUAGCAAACCCCCAUAUGAAUUAUUACAAAGCAUUCUCAAAAGCGUGACUUUUACUGCCUUUACUACUGUAAAUUUUAAUUUGUACAGGCAAAUGUAAUAAUAUCAGAAAUCAUGUUUAAAAAGUUUUUGUUAUGUUUAUAUUCUAACUUCAUUAUCAAAUAUUUGUAUAAUCUCUUCGUUUUUACAUUCUGAUGACCUAUGGUUAUUAGCAAUUAAAAUUUCCAACAACUAUAAUUCCUCUAUAUCGGUGACAAUUCAUUCUUAGAAUCAUAGACAGUUGUUUCAGGUUGUCAUAUCUGAAAAUGCACAGUCACAAAGGUAGCUGAGUCCUGGCUCUACCUAUCAUAUCCUCACCAUAUAUGAGCUUUAAUAGCAUAAUUUGCAAUUUUUUCCCCUACAUUAUACAUUCCUCAAUACAGGCAGUCCCCAAGGUAUGAGGAAGAUAGGUUCUGUAGGUUUGUUUUUAAGUUGUAUUUGAUUGAUGUGUGGGCUUUUUAAUCAACAGGUAUAGCUAGAGUUUACUGAUUCUAUUUA